AUGUCUAAACAAUCUAAAAUCGUUGGAUUCUUUACAAAAUCUACAGAAGACUCAAUUUCAGAAGUUGAGAAAGAAGCAGAAAUACUAUCAGAUGAUGAAAAAUCAGACCGCAAAAGCGAUGAAGAUGACAAAGCUGACAGAAGUGAGAAAACUGAUGAAGAUGUACAAGCAGUAUCACCAAGUAUUCUGGCAGGACCCUCGACUGAAGUGACAGUGGCUGAUAAGACUGACAGGCCAAGCAUCUGGACCGAUGAAAUGUGGCGAGAAAAGCAGCAACGAUACCCAUGGCUACUGUGUAAAAAUGGAAAACUGGGAUGUGAUUUCUGUCUGUCUGCAAAACGUUUAGCCGGUCCUCACAGUGCGCAAGGGCUUCACCUGAGCUCGGAAUGGCAAACAACUAAUGUCACAUAUAAUGGGGCCACGCAAGAAGGAAGGCUGACUUCUUUACGGAAAAAGAUUUACAAGCACGUACGUUCACAGGCUCACACUAAAGCAAAAGAGAUUUUGAAUACGCAGAAGAAAAACAGUAUUCCUGCCCAUAUAGACGCUAUGAAUAGCAAAAUGUUGAAUACGACAAAAAGAGUUUUCCGCACCAGCUAUUUCAUAGCAAAAAAAGACCAACCACUGAACGAUCAUCAAGAAUUGAUAGACUUACAAAUUCAAAAUGGAAUUGAUAUGGGGAUUGGUUUGCAUUCACGAUUCUCUGCAACUGCAAUAAAUGACCAUAUUGCAAAUCAGGUGCGUUCUACGAUUUGCAAGGCAAUUAAAGAAAGUAAAGGGAAACUCUCCAUCCUCAUCGACGAGUCCACUACAGUGUCUGACAUUUCAACCCUGAUAGUUUACUUGAAAGUACAACUCGAAAUGUCCGGAGAACCACAGUUCUUGUUUCUAGACCUGAUCGAGUUGACAAACGGUGAGGGUGCAGACAACAUUCACAAGGCGUUAUUGGCUUGUUUAAAACGGCAUGGAUUUGACAUGGACUACCUGCAAAAACAUUUUAUUGCGUUUACGUCAGACGGCGCCAGUGUCUUGACUGGGAAGAAAUCAGGAGUCAUGGAGCUACUUGCGAAGGAUUUUCCUAAUCUUAUCACCUGGCACUGUUUGAACCACCGCUUAGAACUUGCAGUUGAUGAUGCCAUUGCAGAUUUGAGGGGAAUUAAUCAUUUUAAGAUUUUCAUCGGUAAAUUGCAUUCAGUUUACAGCCAGUCCCCAAAGAACAUGCGAGAGCUGAAAGAAGCAGCAGACGGUUUAGAUGCUCAGCUUCUUAAGAUCGGUAAAGUUCUGAGUACGAGAUGGGUUGCUAAUAGUUACCGAACAGUUUUAGCUGUUUGGAACAACUACGAAGCACUUUACCAGCAUUUUAAAGCCAAAGUAGCAGAAAAGGACAAGCAGACUGCAAUGUACGAAGGAUUGAACAGGCAAAUUCAAUCUCCAGAAUUCCUGUUAGACUUGGCACUCUUUUGUGACGUCCUUUUUGAGCUUUCUGAGCUCUCUGAAAUCCUGCAAAACCGUUCAAUGAACAUUGUCAAAGCCGACAGAUGUGUUAGAAGAGCCAUGAGGAGCAUCGAGUCAUUGAAACGCAAGACUGGGACAAAGAUGAUGAUAGCCAACGAUUAUGUGAAGAGUGGUGAAUAUGGAAUUGUACCUCUAUGUUCCAAUCAUAGGCUUGUCAGUGUUGAUCAUAACGCAUUGAUUGACGAAUUGCUGAAUGCAAUGAAGGAUCGUCUUUUCGCCACAACUGCAUCUGGCACUGUUCGAACCAGUGCUGCAUACCAGAAGCUUCUAGACCAAGUUUCCGUUCUUUAUCCGACAUAUUGGCCACAAGAUGUUGAUUUCAACUACGGUGUAGAAGAAGUACGAUCACUGUGCGAUCGCUUUGGCCUUGCGAGAAGUGUUACAGUGUCUGCAUUGCAAGAGUAUGUCGACUGUCAAGGAAGACGAGUUCCUGAUGAACUUCAGCCUUUACUGAGAUGCUGCUCCUGCAUCCCAGUUUCAUCAGCUGAAUGUGAGCGUGGAUUUAGUCAAAUGAACUUAGUCUGCACUUCAACAAGAAAUCGCCUUCUUAUUGACCGCAUAUCGAAUUUGAUGUUUGUGAAGAUGCAUGGUCCUCCAAUCAAUGCUUGGAAACCUGACAGAUACGCCAAAUCCUGGUUACGAAACCAUCAUUCAGCAGAUGAUCAAAGAGUAAAGAAACGCAAGUUGGAAGAUAAUGAAGAGACAGCUACGAAGCAAGCCGUCUGGAAAUUACUUUAA